UCAGUACCCGCCUUCCUGUGCCUGUUCAAAUAGCAAUCACCAAAUCCAUCCUCACCAGCGAGGCUCCAACCCCCCCCCCCCCGCCUGACAAGCGCCUUUGCUCUCCCACCUCCUUCCCAACGCCGAAAAACUGCUCCGGCCAGCUCAGAAGUGGCUCCUCCGAUUUGCAAAAGGAGCAUGGCGGAGGCUGGGGAUCAGGCACAAAGCCGGGCUCGUCCUCUGCGGAGCCGUUCACCGUCUGACAAGCCCUGAGCAGAGACAGGGGGGGCUCCAGGCGCCGGCUUUGCACUUGUCACCUGCGGACGGGACGGGCAAAGUUUGUUUGAAUAACAAGGGCAGGGGUGUGUGUGUGGGGGGGGUUAAGAUCCAGAAAAGCCACCAGGGAAGGCUCAGCUGGGACGAGGCAGGAUGCAACCCAACCUGGCGCUGAUCUACUUCAUCUUCGGGGGGAUCCUGCCCGGCGCCACAUCUAGGAGGAAGCAGAUGGAGCCCGGGCCAUGUGAGCUGCCCCGAUCGCAGGGAGAGCUAAAUUCCUUCUUGUGGACCAUUCAACGGGACCCUCCGGCCUACCUGUUUGGCACCAUCCACGUGCCCUACACGCGGGUGUGGGACUUCAUCCCUGAGAACUCCAAGGCAGCGUUCCAGGCCAGCUCCAGCGUGUACUUUGAACUGGACCUCACUGAUCCCUACACCAUCUCAGGCCUGGCCAGCUGCCAGAUGCUGCCCCACGGCGAGAACCUGCAGGACGUGCUGCCCCGGGAGCUCUACCGCCGCCUCAAGCGGCACUUGGAGUACGUCAAGCUGAUGCUGCCACACUGGAUGACCCCAGACCAGCGGGGCAAGGGGCUGUACGCUGACUACCUCUUCAAUGCCAUCGCCGGCAACUGGGAGCGCAAGAGGCCCGUCUGGGUGAUGCUGAUGGUCAACUCCCUGACUGAGACGGACAUCCGCUCCCGAGGGGUGCCUGUGCUAGACCUCUACCUGGCCCAGGAGGCUGAGCGGAUGAAGAAGAGGACAGGGGCUGUGGAGAGGGUGGAAGAGCAGUGCCACCCACUGAAUGGGCUCAACUUUUCCCAGGUGCUGUUUGCUUUGAACCAAACCUUGCUACAACAUGAAAGUCUACGAGCAGGCAGCUUGCAGGCCCCAUACACUACUGAAGAUCUCAUCAAGCAUUAUAACUGUGGAGACCUGAACACUGUCAUAUUCAAUCAUGAUACUUCUCAGCUCCCUAACUUCAUCAACACAACGCUCCCUCCACAUGAGCAAGUGACGGCUCAGGAGAUAGACAGCUACUUCCGACAGGAGCUCAUUUACAAGAGGAACGAGAGGAUGGGGAAAAGAGUGAUGGCCCUUUUAAAGCAGAACACAGACAAGAGCUUCUUCUUUGCCUUUGGAGCAGGUCACUUCCUGGGUAACAAUACUGUGAUUGAUGUGCUGAGACAAGCAGGCUUUGAAGUGGAGCAUACACCUGCUGGACAACCAAUUGGAAACUCAAGGACAAAGAACACAAGCCCUUCUUCAGGGGGGUCCUCAGGAACAGCUGCAUCUGCUGUCCGUAUUUUUGAGCAUGUACCAGUAUCUUCUCCCUCUUCGAUGCCUCUUCAGUCAGAUGAAGAAGACAGCCUUCCACCGCACCUCCUGCUACCAGAUAGCAUCAGCCAGCUGGAAGAGUUUGGCCGUCAGAAGAAAUGGCAUAAGAAGCAGCACAAACACCAUCGCCAAAGGCAGUUCAAUGACCUGUGGGUUCGAAUAGAGGACAGCACGACCACGCUACCUUCCCACGUCAGGAUAACCAAUGGCUACAUCACAGUCAAUCCUCCCAUUUGGUUUUCAAACCAACUGGAUCAGAGACCACGUUCGGAUCUCCCGUUCCACCAUCAGCCAAAAAACUCAGCUGCUGGCCGCGUAUUGGCACCAUCCAUAACUGCUUCUUUCUAUGUGGCAAUAGCGUCUUUUCUCCUGAGUCUAUUGAGGCCUUCCUGACCAACCUAGGAUUACGUGCAAUACCUAAAAUGGAGAACAGAGAUAAUUUAUGAACAAGUGGGUGGUUUUCUCCACGACGGUUUCAAUCUGGACCUUCUCACCGAGGAGAAAUGGUAGCGCCUCUAGCUGGUUUUGUCUCUUAGCCCAGAUAUAUUUUGAAACUCUAAAGCUUUAUUGUAACACUGACUUAUAUCUUCUUUUUUGUAGAAGGAUCUUUAUUUCCCAUAGUGCUAUGGGGCUUUGUAAAAUAUAUGUGUCCAUUUAUAUAUAUAAAAAAAGUGUAUUUAUUCAACUGGUAAACUUAUUUUUCUUGGUAUUGGAUAUGUUAAUAACUUCCCCAUUAAACAGUAGUGACGGUGAAACAGAUAAAUUAAUAUUUUCUAUAUUUGUUUAUUUAACCAACCAAUCUGAAAUGACAUCCAAAGAUGCCGUUUUGGUCAUUAACAUUUUACACUAACCCUCCCAUAGGCAAAUUUGUGCUGAUCGCUGAGAUUAGUGUG